UUCCUUCCUUCCUUCCUUUCCCGACCGCUGCGCUGCGCUUUAUUAGGCGAAACAAGAUGACACUUGAUACUGCCAGUGCCGUCUCGAGCGCGCGAAAGAGGAGGACAGAUGCAUGCAUGCCAUUGCCUUGCCUUGCCCCCACGACGACAGCAGCAAAGGUCUCCCAUAACGCGUAAAAGCAUCGGCGAUCGCACGGGUACGGGUACGGGGUACGGGCCGCCGGUCCCUUCUUUUUAUAUCACAGCGCCAAGGGAGAGCUAGCGCAAGAGACAGAGGAACCCAGGACAGGAGAAGAGGGGAGGGCGGCAGACCGCAGUCCACCGGCCAGACAGACAGGGGUGAGGCGCCGUCGACCGACCGAGCGUUCCGCUGCUGCUUCCAUGGGGAACUGCCUCGGCUCGGACGAGGCCGCCGAACUGGAGGUCGUGAAGAACUCGGGCCAGCCACAAGCAGCAGCUACGGCAGCUCCAGCCAUGGCGCCGCAUAAAUCCGAGGGUUCGAUGAGCUCAGGGUCAGGGCCCUCCAGCAGCAGCAGGUCCGCUGGCUCGUCCAUGAGCAGCAUCGCCACGACGACCGGUCGAAGCGGCGGCAGCACCAGCACCAGCAGCGGAUCGAGGCCCCUCCGCGCCGCCGCCGCCGCCUCGUACCGGGAGGAAGAAGAGGAGGAGGAGGAAGAGAAGGAGGGGAGGAUCCUGGAGGCGCCCAACCUCCGCAUCUUCACCUUCGCGGAGCUGAGGGCCGCGACGCGCAACUUCAGGCCCGACACGGUGCUCGGCGAGGGAGGCUUCGGGCGGGUGUACAAGGGCUGGGUCGACGAGAGGACCAUGAACCCGACGCGCUCCGGCAUCGGCAUGGUCGUCGCCGUCAAGAAGCUCAACCAAGAGAGCGUGCAGGGCCUUCAGGAGUGGCAGUCCGAGGUCAACUUUCUGGGGAGGCUGUCGCAUCCGAACCUGGUGAGGCUGCUGGGCUACUGUGGAGGACAGGGAGCUCCUGCUCGUGUACGAGUACAUGCCCAAAGGCAGCCUGGAGAAUCAUCUCUUCAGAAAGGGCGGCUCCUUCGAACCAAUCUCCUGGAACCUUCGGCUGCGCAUCGCCAUUGGCGCGGCGCGUGGCCUGGCCUUCCUCCACUCGUCCGAAAAGCAGGUCAUCUACCGAGACUUCAAGGCCUCGAACAUCCUCCUCGACACGAAUUACAACGCCAAGCUGUCCGACUUCGGUCUCGCCAAGAAUGGCCCGACCGGCGGCGACAGCCACGUCACCACCCGUGUGAUGGGCACGUACGGCUACGCUGCGCCGGAGUACGUCGCCACAGGGCACCUGUACGUGAAGAGCGACGUGUACGGCUUCGGCGUGGUGCUGCUGGAGAUGCUCACGGGCCUGCGGGCGCUGGACACGGCCCGCCCCGCGCAGCAGCACAACCUGGUGGAGUGGGCCAAGCCGUACCUGGCGGACCGGCGGAAGCUGCCGCGCCUCGUGGACCCGCGGCUCGAGGGGCAGUACCCGUCCAAGGCGGCGCUGCAGGGGCCCAGCUCACGCUGCGCUGCCUCGAGGGGGACCCCAGGAGCCGCCCCUCCAUGGCGGAGGUCGUGCUGGCCAUCGAGGCGAUGGAGCAGCUCAGGGUGCGGCCGCGGGACGAAGCAGCGCCGAGCGGCCACGCCCACGGCCACGGCCGGUCGUCGCGCCCGAGGACCGGGCCGGGCCGGGCGGGGAGCAGCAGCCACCACCGCCAGUCUCCGAGUGCGAGGUAGCACGGCUGCCGGACCAGCACUGGUCGAGCUGAGCUUCACGUUUUUUUUAGGUGGGUUCUGCAUCUUCCGGCGAGUGGAGGAUGGAGCACGCAUGCUUGCGAGGUGUUUUUUUUUCGGUCGCUUUUGUAGCAGGUCGUUGUUGUUUCUGCGGCAUGCAGAUUGACGAGGCCAGAAGGGCCUCCAUGCAUGUAUAUCUGUUUGAUUGCAGAUGGCCCAAAUGUUGGCUGGUACAGGCUCAGGAACCAUGAUUUGAUUUCGAUCA